AUGGAGUUUGUGAACAGGCUUGAGGACUGGACCAAACUCAUCAAGAUUUCGGAUCCUAUGGAAGAAGGUUGCAGGCUUGGCCCUGUUGUUAGUAAGGGGCAGGAUAUGUUACAUUUACUUGGUUGUGAGGUUUUUGUAAAAAUAGAAAAUUUGAGUGAAUUUUGGUUGACAAAUAAUGUGAAAUGGACGCUAACUAGAGAUGAGGAUUUCAACUGCAGAGCAGCACAUUGGGCUGACCUGCAUGCCCUUCUGUACAAUGCAUUACCACCAAACCUGUUUCUUUGGGGUCACCAUUUCCUAUCUUUCUCCAUUUCCAGUGACAAGUCUUCAGUUAUAGUGAAGGCUUCAUCCCAUCAGACUAAUGAAAUCAUCGAAAUUGUCGGUGAUUUGCUCGUUGCAGCGGAUGGAUGUCUCUCUUCGAUCCGCCAAAGUUUUGUCCCUGACCAUAAACUGAGGUAUUCGGGUUACUGCGCAUGGAGAGGGGUGCUUGAUUUUACAGGAAAUGAGAGUUCAGAAACCUUAACCGGCAUCCGAAGGGAAUACCCUGAGCUUGGGAAAUGCUUGUACUUUGGCUUAGGUUCUGGGACGCACACCGUGCUAUACGAGCUUCUGAACCGAAGGCUGAAUUGGAUUUGGUAUGUCCACCAACCGGAGCCUGAUCUGAAGCAUAACUCGAUGACCAUGAAAGCGACCAGCAACAUGAUCCAGAGUAUGCACAAAGAAGCAGAGAAAAUGUGGCUUCCAGAGUUUGUGAGAGUGAUCAAGGAAACAAAAGAGCCUUUCUCGUGGCUUGAAUGAUUAUGCACUUCUAUUUGCAUUCUUGAUGGGUCUAUCUUAUGUUGUGGUUGUUUUGCAUUUUUUGGAGGAAAAAAAAAAAAAAAAAAAAAAAAACCGAA